AUGGAGAAGGUCCAAAUCCCAACUAAUAUAUAUAUACCAGAAUAUAUAAGCCUUGGGAUAACAGCUAAUGAACUUAGAAUUUCGAAAUGUCUACCAACCGGUCAAUCUUUUUCAUGGUAUUCUAUUGCUGAUGGCACAUUUGUAGGUAUUUUAGGCCAUAGAAUUUUUCAGAUGAAAGAAUUACCUAAUGAUACAUUAUAUAGAUGUUUAUAUACUGCUUGUAGUAAUGAUAAUAGUAACCAAUACAUACAAAUAAAAAAAAGGAAGAUGUCUACAUAUGAAGGAAGUUCUACAGCUGAUGUAUCACCUACAAAUGAGGUUAAAUAUAUAAAAAUAAAGGAUUCAACAGAUAUAUAUAUAAGUGAUAUAUCAAAUAAUCAAGUAUCCUUAAUUGAUGGUAAUAUAUCAUAUUAUUCAGAUUUCAAUUCAAUAAAUUCUCCAGUAGAAAAUUCUACAGAUAAUAAUCAAACUCAAAAAUCUUGUAAUAAUUACUCUAAUUUUAACUCAGUUUUUUAUUGUUGUAAUUCAACUCCACAACAACAUAUUGAGCAUUACUUUAAUCUAAAAUUUGAUUGGGAAAAAGAAUAUAAAAAUUGCCAUUUAUAUUCUGAAAAAUCUAAUAAAAGGAUUACUAAUUAUUCCUUAUCUAAUACAUAUUCAAUAUGGAGUAAAAGUGACAAAUCAAUACUUUCAUGCCCAAUAGGUAUUAGGAUGUUUAAUAUUGAUCCAGUAGAAGCUACAUUUUCAGCUAUUAUUACUGCAAACAAUAACAUUCCACGGAUUACCUCUAUAAUAGAACGUAUUAGAAUUUCAUAUGGUACUUAUAUUUGUAGUAUAGAUCAUAAUAAAUUAUUGGAAGAAACUAAUAAUUUGAAUUUCUGUAAUAAUAAAAUUCCAAAUAUUAGACAUUAUUAUUCAUUUCCUACAUGUGAUGAAAUAUUUAAAAAUGCUUCUAUAGAACACUUAAAAUCUCAUUGUGGUACUGGAUAUAGAGCUAAAAGUAUUAUAACUAGUGCCAAGAUCAUUCAUGAUAUUGGUGAAUUUAAAUAUUUUAACUAUUUAAAGAGUUUAGAAUAUCAUGAUGCUGUUUCUGAAUUAUUAAAACUACAUGGAGUUGGAAGAAAAGUGGCAGAUUUUAUUUUAUUAUCAGGUUUAGGAUUUACACAAGCAGUGCCUAUAGAUACACAUAUGCUUAAAAUUCUCAAAAGAUAUAAUCAUAAAUUUCAAAAUACUUCUUCACUAAGUAAAUUAUGUUAUGAGGAAGCUUCUAGAUAUUUUAGAGAAAAAUUUAAAUUAGCCCCUGGUUGGGCUCAACUUGUAUUAUUUAGUAACUCAAUAAUAAAAAAAUAA